AUGCUGGUGGGCAGACAUGCUGCUGGUUUCCGUGGGGUGGAGGCGGAUGGAGAGCACGGACAUGAAGUGCACGAGCUCUUCCGACGCUAUGAGGAAUUGUUUGAAGACGUGGUAGCAACCUUCCUGCGCCAAGAGCAGCUCACAGCCGACGAGUUCUUUGCGCACUGCAGGGUGUUGCAACGCAGUCCCAAGCACGAAGACGCAACGAUGAACCUGCAGCUGGUGCUGUCGGCCCUGGACUUUGAGGCCUUCUGCGAGCUCAUGACGCAGGAAGCGAUCCAGGCGCAACUCGCGCUCAAAGCUGCGGAGGACAUGGGACUCUGA